AUGACCGUAGGACAUCAAGACGUGAAAAAGAAGUCUUUUAUCCACAAGAUUUUCACCAUGAUGGAGAGAGAAGGAAGUGGCUCAUCUGAUUUCCCUGAACCACAGUCCAAUCCAGCAGUUGACAUUCAAUCUAUAAGUAGCACAGAGCCUCAGAUGCCUGCUGGUCAAUAUGUUCAGUCCUUUCGAGUGUUUGUAGCAACAUGGAAUGUAGGAGGGAAAUCUCCUCAUAAUGGCCUAAAUUUAGACGAUUUUCUUCAGGUUGACAAUGAAUCGGACAUAUAUGUCUUGGGUUUUCAGGAAAUUGUCCCUUUAAAUGCUGGAAAUGUGCUAGUUCUAGAAGAUAAUGAACCUGCAGCAAAAUGGCUUACUUUAAUCAACCAAUCAUUGAACAAAUCACUAGACGGGUCUUCAAGAAGCAAGGCCAGUGGUUCACUUUUUUCCUCUAAGCCUUCCCUUAAAAAGGUCAGUAAGACUUUUAGGACAGAGAGUAAAAGGCGAUUGAAGAGUUGCAACUGCAUUUUUGAACUAGAAAGGAAACAUAGUAAGGAUUUUUGCUUUCGAUGCCAACAACCAAAUAUAAAUGAAGACGACCUUUCUUCUGAACCGGAUGAAGAUGGAUCAAACGUUUUUGAUAUAUCGGAAAUUUCUAUGGCAUCUACUAGCAACCAUUUGAAGUACAGCCUUAUAGCUAGUAAGCAAAUGGUGGGAAUUUUUGUUACCAUUUGGGCGAGGAAAGAGCAUAUACAAUAUGUUAGCCACUUAAGAAUCUCUUGCAUAAGUCGUGGAAUCAUGGGAUGCCUUGGAAACAAGGGUUGUAUUUCUGUGAGUUUUUUAUUCCAUCAGACAAGCUUUUGCUUUGUCUGCAGUCACUUGGCAUCUGGUGAGAAAGAGGGAGACGAGCUGAGGAGAAAUUUGGAUGUGUUAGAGAUACUCAAGAGCACUCAGUUUCCUAAGAUUUGCAAAACAAAUCAUAGCAGGAUGCCGGAUAAAAUUCUAGGACAUGAUAUGGUUAUAUGGUUAGGUGACUUGAAUUACCGCAUUGCUUUAAGCUACUCCGAAACCCGAAAGCUUUUGGAAAACAAUGACUGGGAUGCACUUCUUAACAAAGACCAGCUCAAGAUUGAAAGAGAAGCAGAGCGAGUAUUCAAAGGAUGGAAAGAGGGAAAAAUCUACUUUGCACCUACUUACAAAUAUUUUUAUAACUCAGACACUUAUUUUGGAGAGAUAAAAACAUCCAAAAAGAAAAGAAGAACCCCAGCUUGGUGUGAUCGAAUACUAUGGCAUGGAAGUGGGAUUAAACAACUUUCUUACAUACGCGGAGAAUCCCGAUUUCUGACCACCGGCCAGUUUGUGGAACAUUUGUUGUGGAUGUUGUUGUCAAUCAGAAUGAAUUGA